ACUACGAUGAAUCAACCACAUUCAGUAAUCCAGUAACGGGUAGAACAGAGAUGGAUACAGAUACACCAGAUGCACCACAAAUGUAUGCUCCUAACAACCAGCAGAGUGCCCCGCCCAACUCCCAUUACCCAGAAUCCCCUCAGAGCCCGACCCUCUCGGUGAAGCCUUCCUUCAAGAAGCGCACCAUUCCCAAGACGGAAGCCCCCAAGGUGAAGCGUCGUGAGGGCGCUGUUGUAUCUAAGGACGGCUGGCUGCAGAAGAAGGACAGCUCAGGGUUAGGGGUCUGGCGGAAGAGGUGGUGUGUCAUCUCGGACUUUUGUCUCUUCUACUACAAAGGUGCUGAUGAAGUCAAUCAAGCGGGAACUGUUAUGCUACCAAGCUAUAUCAUUAAACCAGUUGAACCUAGGGAUAAAAUCACUAAGAAAUUCGCUUUCAAGUGUGAACACAGUAAUAUGAGGACGUAUUACUUUGCUGCUGAAUCUGAUGACCUGAUGCAUCAAUGGAUUGACGCUUUAAAUGACGCUUCACAGGUCAACCUGGACAGGGGUUAUGGCAACCAAGAUGAGAUUGACUGGGGUAGCAGUCCAUUGAGGAGCCCCAAGUCACUGCGUCGCAACGAAGAACCGCCCACCAACGGCAACUACCCUAACGGUUCCGCCCACCCAAGGCAGCACUCCCCCAAUCGGUCUGGUACCGGCCCCCCUCGACAAGGGGGAUGGGGAAACUAUGAGGAUAUAGAGUUUGGGGAUAGACCAGGAGGCGAGACCAGCUUGAAAAAUGGUCUUGGUCCAGACAGGUCCCUUCUACAGCAGUCAUCCAGGGAAUCAUGGGAAGGUUCCCAGCCCCGCAGUAACCAUGACAACGGCUCAUACAGCUCUAGCCAGGAGGAGAGACGUUCAGGCCAGAACAGCCAUCUGUCGCCCCCUAGGUCUCCGAGCUUACACAGUUCAUCGUCAAGAGAUCAUAGUUAUAUGGAUGACAAACCCAAAGACCCAAAUGCAGGCUACAACUAUGUAGAUAUAUCUGAGAUCAAAGAGCGCAAGCGACAGAACCAGCUAGACUCUCAAGGCUCCUACAACGAUGACCCCAGACCUGGUGACCCCCGAUCUGCUCAGCACCAAAGAUCAUCAUCCAGGCACCAUGAUGACCGGGGCUCUCUAGGCAGCGGUCACUCAGGACAUAGGAAUGGACGAGAUGAGAUGGACGGAGGACAUCCAUAUCAUGACCCACGGGUUGAGAUUAAUGUCUCCAUGGCAACAGAUCCCGACCAGUCCUGGGGUCAAAGGUCGGAAGCUCAGAGGUCAAGUAAUCCCCGGAGGUCAGAAAGUCGUAGAUCAAAUGCAAGUCAAAGAUCUAUUUCUGAACCAAGUCACCAGCGAGGCCUGGCUCCGAUGGAAGAAGUACCAGUGACCAGGGCUAGCACCGAGAGGCUGCACUCGGCACCGAGGCGUGAAGAGUCUUCCUACCAGCAGAGUACACCACCAAGGGGUAGGGAACCACCAAUGCAUGACAGGGUACCUCCUGAGCAUGGUAGAAUGCCACCCCAGCAUGGAAGAGUGCCGUCAGAUUAUGCAAGGGUACCGCAAGGGCAUGUUCGCUCACCUUCUGAGUACAGCAGGUCACCAUCUGAAUAUAGCAGGUCGCCUUCUGAAUACAGUCGGUCACCUUCAGAGUAUAGUAGAGGUCCUCCUCAACAGGGGCGUGGAUCUAGGGGACCACCGCCCCAGCAACAACAUGGGAGGGGACCAGCCCAGCAUGGCAGGGCACCGCAUGAAGCAGGCAUGGCACCGCAUGGUAGGAUGCCUCCACCAGGCCAUGGUAGAGGGCAACCACGUCAGGGACGUGCGCCACCACACCAAAGGCAGGAUCACGUGCGUGUACCAUCCCAUCACGGACAAGGCCGACCACGGCAAGGUCAAGGUAGAGGGUACCCACCUCAAGGCGGUGCACCACACCACCAAGAGAGAAUGCCGAUUCAACAGAGCAGGGCACCGCAGGAACACAGCAGGGUACCGCCGAACCAGGGUAGGCCGCAUUCAAUGCAUGGUAGACCUCCGCCACAACAUGAUAGGACGCCCUCUAGAGCUAGUACCAUGCCAAGGGAUAUGAGCCCCUCACAUAGUCCAGCAAGAGGAUCGGACCGUGAUUCAAUAGAUGCUGCUCCCACAAGAAGAACCUACUCCGCUUCGUCGACGAGUCUGAAUCGUAAUGAUACACUCAAACGUCAGGAGCUGGAGAAAGACGAUGAGGUCGCUCCUUUGCAGCCAUUGGGAGCUAGGCAGGCUGCUCCAAAGACUGGUAGAUAUCGCAUGUGGCAACAGAAGACUCAACAGUUCGUUGACCUUUCAACAGGCAUUAGGCUGAGACUGAGUAUAGCUGCAGGGGACCUUGUUGGAAAGUCGCACGAGGAGUUGGUCCUGUUCCUGAUUCAGCUAAGACGUGACAAGGCCAACCUUCAAGAAUGGUUAGCAAUGAUAGACAAUGAACUAACGCUACUCAGGGAUCCAAACAGUUCCAGUGCUAACUCUUCGAGACUUAGACCAAGGUCCAAUGAGUCCUUGCGACGUAGCCCACCAGACCUGAGUGAGGAUGAUCAGGAGUAUUACCAGGAGAUACUGACAGAGAGAGAAGACAUUGCAAGAGAACUGGACAUCAGCGCACCUCUCAUAAACCUGGUGGACAAUCUUGUUAGGAUGGGAAGUCUGUAUGGUGGAGAUAAUCACAUGAUUGCCCAAGAGUUUUAUGGGGAUAAAGUUCAGAAGGGACUUCCUUACUCUCCUCCCAAGAAACUCAUCGAGUUCUCACGGCGUCUUGAAGAAGAAAAACUUGUUCAGGAUCUGGAGGAUGAGCUUCGACAGCUUGAGACGGCUGAGGACGUUGAGCUUCAGGAGAAGUUAGAUCAGCUUUAUGACCUGGACAAGACACUUCAAGAGAUCUCAGCGAGAGUUAGUGUUCUGAAAGACGAGAAGGAUAAAAUUGAAAACACUCUACAGAGACUUGAUCAGCAGAUCACCCAUGACUGGGAUGAUAAAGAAAUGGUUGCUAAGAUUGAAGAACAACAGAGACAGUUAGAGAGGCAAUUAACAAGAGUGAGAGGACAACUAGCACAGGGUACUAAGGAGCUUGAAGAGAUCACAGCUGAAAAUAGUAGGAUAGAACAUGAGGUAGCUCUGAUGAGAUUUGAGAAGGGAUUAAUGUUCAUGUUGAUGUUUUUAUAUUUUAUUUGUAGGAGCUUGAAGAGAUCACAGCUGAAAAUGGAGCUUGAAGAGAUCACAGCUGAAAAUAGUAGGAUAGAACAUGAGGUAGCUCUGAUGAGAUUUGAGAAGGGAUUAAUGUUCAUGUUGAUGUUUUUAUAUUUUAUUUGUAGGAGCUUGAAGAGAUCACAGCUGAAAAUAGUAGGAUAG